UCCUCAGCUGACGUGGAGCUGCAGUCUGUUCUCCACCAGCUGAACUAACUGGAUCAACUAGAACUAAAUUCACUGAUUUAGAGGAACAUUUGUUGUUCUAGUCUCUGUCUUGUUUUAAUAUUUAUUAAAUGGGCUCUACUGGUGUCGUCUAAAUUUCCGGGAUAACUAACGGUCGUCGUUAAGACACUGAAAACUGUCAAGUGAAAAUGGCGGCAGCGGAGGAGGCCAGCAGACCGUUCGCAGGGCUGUCAGAUGUCUCCAUCUCGGAGGACAUCCCGGUGGAGGGGGACAUUUCCGUGCCCGUCGGCUCCCCCGCCAGCCGGGACGAUGAGUUCUCCACGCUGGACGAGCCCGUGAAGGAGACCAUCCUGCGGGACCUGCGUGCGGUCGGGAACAAGUUCAUCCACGUCCUGUACCCGAAGCGGAGCACGGCUCUGCUGCGGGACUGGGACCUGUGGGGCCCACUGCUGCUCUGCGUGACGCUGGCUCUGCUGCUGCAGGGCGGCGCGGCCGACAGCGACUACCAGGGGGGACCGCAGUUUGCUGAGGUCUUCGUCAUCGUCUGGUUCGGCUCCAUCAUCAUCACCCUCAACUCCAAACUCCUGGGCGGCACCAUCUCCUUCUUCCAGAGCCUGUGUGUGUUAGGAUACUGCAUCAUGCCUCUGACAGUGGCCAUGGCCGUGUGCCGGAUCGUCCUGGUCGGCGGCUCGGGGACGGUCAGCUUCGCCGUGCGGCUGGUGGUGGUGACGGUGUCCUUCGGCUGGUCCACCUUCGCCUCCACGGCCUUCCUCGCCGACAGCCAGCCGCCCAACCGCAAGGCGCUUGUUGUGUACCCAGUGUUCCUCUUCUACUUCGUGAUCAGUUGGAUGAUCCUGACGUUCUCACCGUGACAGUAGGAAAAAUCAAAAAGGGAAGUGUUUGUUAAACGGACAAAGACGAGGGAGGUUUUUGUGGAGUGAAAGAACUCAAACAAACACCGGUAUCUGCCUUGGGACGAAGACGAAUGACUACUGAAGUGACUGUGAGUGUUUCUGGGCCUCUGAUAAAGCAUUUAGACUCCCGGGACAACAAAAUAAUUCCUUUCAGGCGAAGCUCUCACUCAGACACAGAGGGGUCCAGCGGACGCUGUGCAGCAGGUGGAGAGUUAAAAAGCUGAUGAAUAUGUUCACAUGUACGACCUGUGUAAAUAUAAAGUCCAUAGGCUUGUAUAUAGAAAUGCUCUAUGAAUGUUUAAACUACCAGGGCUCAUGUUUUUCUUCUGGUCUCUCUGGGAUCUCAUACUGUCUUAAGGACACUGUUUCAGAAACAUCCUGACAGCUCACACCUUCACACUACAUCCUUCAUUUUUAGACACUUGACUGUCGAGCUGUAAGUGAGCGGUUCAAGCCAGUUGUCCUGUGUAGUUUUUGGCUCUCGUCGUCCUUUUUCAACAUGUUUCUGUUAGUGUUUUGGGGGGAUGUUUUUGUUUUUAUUAGACAAAUGAAAGGAGAGAGAGAAAGGGAAUGACAUGAAACAAAGGUCACCAGCUGGAGUCAAACUUGGGAGCGUGUCAUUACAUGUCAUCCCCGAGACCACCAGAGCACUUUCUUGUCUGUAUGACAAAUACGAAGCCGUGGACAGUUAGCUUAGCUUAGCACAAUCUGGAAAUGGGCAAACAGCUAGCCUGGCUCUGUCCAACUAAACAAAAUCCACCUACCAGCACCUCUAAAACUCCAUGAACACAUUAUGUCUCAUUUGUUUUGUCUCCGUAAAAACUUGUCUCCAUUUUUCGCAACAGAAUAUUUCUUCACCAGCCGUAGAUGCGGUAUUAAUUUUCACAUCCAAGUCUCUGCAAAGAAGUGUAAUUCCCAAAAUGUCAAACAGUUUCUUUGAGGAAUAAAUAUAGUCUGAAACAGUGGUUCCCAACUGGUGGAUCGGGCUCCAAAAAUGGGUCACGGCCCAUUCUGAAUGGCGACUCGCAAAUGUGUCAAGUUCGUAACAAAACACACUUUAUUUUUAAGUACAGUAAAUUUCUGAAGGGCCGUUUCCUGCUGUACAGUGAGUGACUAACCGACAGCUACUUGACAGAAACAGAAAACCAGCUCAAUGACAUGGCUGAACACAAGUAUGAUGCUGCAUGUAUUAAACUGAAGGACCUCAAACUGGACCCCGUGGCUGCACCAGUUGGGAACCACUGAUCAAAAAUGGAUGCAGACACAGAUGUUAGAUGCAUGUAGUUCUGUUUCUACUUCUAAACAUGAGCAGAUAGCGAAGUGUGGACCCCUCACACAGUAUAAUUUGGACUUAAAUUUGGUUUUCUUUGUAUUUUUGCCUUUUCUUCUUCUAGAAGUUAAACACCACAGACAAUAGAGAGCAAAGCAAAUAUUACAGUGCCAGGUGCAUAUUUUAUUGACAUAACCUCAAUUUGAUCAUUAGAAUUAUUUAUCAGUGGUGUGAAGAUGGUAGGUGAGUUUUUUUUGUUAGUCAGAAUGUUUUCAGAUUAUAAGUUUUGAUGUUUCUUGGAUUGGCUCAAUACAUCAUGUCUCUGAUUUCAGUUAUUCAGACAGACCGACGAUGUGAAAGCAAACCAGUAAUUCAGUCUGAGUGUCAGGAUCAUUAUUUCCUCUGAUGCAGACACACUGGAUGUGGCAGUCAGCUUUUGCUCUCUGCGGUGUGUUUUACUUUGUCAAAGUAGAACAAAGGCCAACUGUUGAAUCAGUCAGCCUUCGUCUGUCUUUGUUCUUCGAGGUCUUUGUGUGUAAAACGAGAGAAGAAACUCAAGUCUCUUGGGUGCAAAAAACUAAUGUUAAAGAGGUCAGAGCUUCCUGUUAGAAGACAGGAUUUAGGAGAGAGUUGUGAUCACAGGACACAGACUGUUUCAUUAUUUUUUCUUUUUGUAAAAAUCACAGACUAGAUUUGUUUGUGUUUUUUCCCUUGUGGAUAACUGACCAACUGCAACAUCAACAAAUGUUUUGCACAAUUUUACACCCACAUUAAACAAUCCUGCAGGGAGAAAUUAUUUCUAGAAGUGAUACAUAUUUGGGUUUAGACUGAGGUGAUGAUGACCCAUCUCAUAAUCUCAUAGUUGUUACCUGCUUGUCAAACCCACAGCUGAAUGAUCACACUGACAAAUGUAGUAAAUCACUAACUGAGGUAGAAGUGGAAGCAGCAGUUUGGGGAAAGUUGGUGCAUCCAAAAAGAACAUUGCAGAAGUUCAUACAAGAAAUUAGGCUGAUGAUACAACAGUGAUUUUGUUCAUAAACGACAUAAAAGUAUGAAGUUUCAGACUGAUCCAGAUUUUUCUCCCUCUGCUAACCUGCCCGAUGACCUUUGACCCUCCACAGAUAACCUGUCCUUUCUGUUCUCUUGAAUCACCGAGGCUUUCUUUGUUGAUUUCUUUUAAUUUAUAUGUUUUCAGUUACAUCAACGAAUGGAAACGAUUAAAAUAUAUUUCAUCAGC